CACCCCCCCACACACACACACAUUGAAAAGCAACCUCUACCCCUCAAUUACUGCGCUGCCACACCUCCAGCUAUCUCUAAUCUCCUUCGGUGGACCUCGGAGUGCAAGGCUGAAACAAAUUACAGAGCGGGGCGAGGAGGCAGCGAAAGGUGUCACUAAAAAUAACAAACUUCUCAGGAUUCAAAGAAAGCAAGAAAGCAGAUCAAAUAAAAACAAGGAUGGUUUGACGGAGGAGGAGGGAAGCUGCGGAUUUAUCUCUCGCAGGAGUUUGAGGAGUUUCAAGGAAAGGGAGGUCUUCCCCAUCGCUGCCCGCCAACAUGGUGGACCUGUUCCUAGGCCGAGUCCUUGUAGAGAACAACUCGGACCAGGACGAGCUCAACACGGAGCGCGAGAUCAUCGGGAUCCUGGAGAACCGCGUCCUGCUGCUCUUCUUCGCGUCGGCCGAGUGUGAGAAGUGCCAGAGGUUUGUGCCCGUCCUCCACAGCUUUUUCAGGAAGCUGAAAGAUCCAGCGUACAUCGAAUACCCCAAACUGCUCGCUCUCAUCUACAUCAGCUUGGACCAAUCUGGGGAGCAGCAGAAAAAAAUCCUCAAGGAGCUCCACAAAAGGACUUUGUUUUUGCCGUUUGAGGACCCGUACAAAAAGGAGCUCCAGGCCAUGUUUAAGGUGAAGGACGUCCCGGCGGUGGUGGUCCUGCGUCCCGACGGCUCCGUCCUCUCUCCGAACGCCGUGCGGGACAUCUGCCGCCUCGGCGCUGACUGCUUCCGCAACUGGCAGGAGUCGGCGGAGCUGGUGGAGAGGACCUUCAUGCUCAACGAGGCGUUCGACGAUCCCAACCUGCGGAGCGCCACCGACCCCGUGAGGAGGCUCAAGUACAAGACCGAAGACGACAAGAGGAACAAGAGAUGGUGGAAGUUGUGGGUGAAGGGAAAAGACGGAAACGACGAGGAGGAAAAAGACGAAGCCUGGGACAUGAAGAGAAAGAAUGGAGAUGGAGGAAUUUGGCGAAAGAGAUGAAAUAGUUUUUUUUAUGAUAUAGGCUAACUUUUUUUUUGCUAAUUCUGUACAUCUAAAAGGAAACCACUCCUGUUGUUGCUGCUGUGACCCAACAUUGUUUUCAAGAAAUCUGAGAUUAUAGACUAUACAUUAUAUGUUUAAGAAAAAAAUUAAAUGGUCCAUAUAUUUUUUUAUAGAUAAAACACUCAAGAACGGUACAAAGACAGUAAUUUAAAUUAUAAUUAUUUUAUAGGUUUUCUGGAUAAAAAUGUCGGCAAAAAAGAGAUAAAAUACCAAAGAUAAGAAACUAAAAAGUAAAGUUCACUUUACAUCAAACAUUUUUGAAAAAAUUCUGUUAAAACAGAGAUAAAACUCUUUAACCUUGUAUAUGCCAACGUUAACAUUUAUACACUAAGCAUAGGAAUAAAACUGAUACCAGUAAAUAAAAAUGUUUUAGUUUUCUGUCUAUUUUUGACCUAAUGUUAGCACUAUAGCUGAGCCAGAUAUAAUGCUAACAUAGAGCUCAACUAUAUUAUAGCUAAGCUAGCUACUAUAGGAGCUAUACUAGCUAGCUCAGCUGCAGUAGCAAUAGUAGCUAGCUCAGCUAAGUUCAAAGGAUAUUAGUGGGAAUAUUAAUGUAUUUAUUUUGGUUAAUAUAUGGAGAUAACCAUGGAAAGUGUGUCCAUUGGUUUUCAAGAUUGUUGUUGCUAAUGUUGCUUUACAUGUAGAAAGUUGUAAAAGUAACUCUUGGACAAAAGUAAAGUAAAUAUUAAUAUUUCAUGUGCUAAAGUGUCGUUUAUAAAGAAAAACUGAAUAAUUUUGUUUUAUGUCUGUGUGACUGAACCCACACGUUUCACUUAGAGCUUUUAGGAUUCAUUUUUGCUGUCAGAUUCAACAAAUAAGAACAACAUUGAAAGUUUUAUCUAUAUAUGAAACUCAGUUCAUUAAAUGGAAGCAGUGUUUCAAGAUUAAUUAUGUCAGACUCAUGUAUUAGCCAUUAUUUCUGUUUAAGGUAAUACUCCACUGACAUCCAACGGAAACACAUUUAUGAAUAUGAUAUUAGAUCAGAUCAAUAAAAUCAUUAAUACAGACGAUUAAUGAAAAUCACACAUGACACCAUGGCUGUUACAGGCUGUUAUUUCAAACUGUCCUUUUAGUCAGAUAAAUGUGUUUCUGUGGAACCCAUACUCUAAUUUAUUGAAUAUGACACACUACUUGUUAAGCAUUGGGCUUUUCCUUUGCAGACAUUCCUUAACAGCAUUCAAGUAAUAUUUUGAGAGUAAACUAUUAAAUCAAAACGGUUCAUGUUCAUUAUGAGCUGCUGUCAUUUGGAUGAAUCAAACUGUCCGUAACCUCGCUCCUGUACGAAUCCCUAAACAAUAAACCUUUUGUUGCUCACUU